AUGACGUUAUUUUCAGGUGGUAUCGCAGGUGGACCAGCAUGGGGUAAUCAGGGUUUCAAUGACGAUCGAUGGGGCCAAAAUAGACAGCCUCAACGACAGUUCGGAGGUCCUCCUCCACCAGGCUUCGGUCUCGAUUUCCGUGGAGCUCCUCCACCUAGAGGGCCUCCUCCACCGUUUGGACACCCUCCGCCAUUUGGCCGUCCACCGCCUCCUGGACCUCCACUACCUGGCUCACCUCCUCCCGGUAACAACUUUGGACUGCAAGAACUAAUAGGACGAGUUGGUAACAUGGCAGCGGAUAUUGCAGGAGGUGGUGGUGGAGAGGAUGUGGUUCGAAGUUUUCGGACGUGGAGCCAUGGACCACCUCCUCCAGAGCAUGUGUGGCGGAGGCGAGCACGACGUUUCUGUCGUAGGUUCCCGGGACACCCUAAAUGCAGUGGAGGAAGAACUCCGUUGUUCGAAGAGAUUGCCACUAUUGUCACUACCGUCGUUAGAGAAGGUGGAAAAUUCUUACCGAGAGUUCCAAAGAUCUUCAUCAAAGAUCCACUGGCAGGUAUUAAUCCUGAGCUCGUCGACGCAGCUCGAGCAUUCGUCCAUCAGCUUGGAGCCAUUCAUCCGGAGAUCAGCAAUAGAAUACGGGAUGUUUGUCGUAAUUUCAAGUGUAUGGAACAGAAUCAACAGGAACUUUCUGUGAAGGAGACAGUAGUCAAAAAAGUUUUCGACUUCGAAAAAUCCGUCACCGGGAAGGACAACACAGACAGCAUCAAUUUCCGAUUGGACAGGACAAUGCAGGUCAAGCAAGCGCUCUUGGAGAGGGCAAAUCUUUCUAGCACGGUCACUGCUGCUGAUAACGGUAUAUUCGAUAAAGACAUUUUACUCACCGAAAAGCAGGCCAACUUUUUGCUCAAUGAGCUUGGAAAAGCCGGCGAAGGAACAGAUGUGCCUCCCCCUGGAGCAAAAUUCAAACGGUAUGUUCGACUCGUCGUAACGAGGUCCAAUCCCUUGAACUUUUUAGCCCUAAAUUAUGCUGUGUUGUGUACUAAACAUAGCAGCUUCAUAUAA